CGAUUUACAUAACGCGGAAAUCGGUAGCAAUGUACGCUUUAGCAGGGAAAGCAGCUAUGAAUGGACUUCUAUAAAAUAUUGUAUGAUUUGUAAACAAACUGUCAACAAAGUGUAGCGUGAUAAUUUUUGUAGAAUAAAAGGGAAAAUGGAAGACGACGCGCCGGUUAUAUAUGGUCUUGAGUUCCAGUGCCGUGCUUUAACAGCUCAGACGGCAGAAACCGAUGCCAUAAGAUUCCUAGUGGGCACACAGUCGUUCAAAUUUGAUAAUCAGAUCCACAUCAUUGACUUUGAUGAUGAGAACAAUAUCAUUAAUAAGAACGUGCUUCUGCAUCAUGCUGGUGAGAUAUGGCACAUCGGUGCCAGUCCUGCUGACAAAGGAGUUCUGACCACGUGUUACAACAAGAUCUCAGACAGCCGUGUGUUAACGUGUGCAGCGGUGUGGAGGAUGCCCCUGGAAUGGGAAUCAGGCAGCCACGAUUCCCCCGACGACUCAGCUCACAGCCCACAGGCCCUGCAGCUCCUCUGUCACCUUGACAACACGGCCCACGGCAAUGUGGCCUGCGUGCUGUGGGAGCCGAUGGGCGAUGGCAAGCGCGUGAUCUCUCUGGCUGAAAGCCACAUCAUGCUCUGGGACCUUCAGGAAAGCUCCACCAAGGCCACGAUCUCAAGCAGUGCCACCUUGGAAGGCAAAGGGCAGCUAAAAUUCACCUCGGGUAAAUGGAGCCCCCACCACAACAACAACCAGCUGGCCACCGCCAACGACACAGCCAUUCGAGGAUGGGACCUUCGCAGCAUGAGUCAGAUCUACUGCAUUGAGAAUGCCCAUGGGCAGUUGGUGCGAGACUUGGACUUCAACCCCAACAAGCAGUACUACCUGGCCAGCUGCGGGGACGACUGUAAGGUCAAAUUCUGGGACGUGAGACACAUCAACGAGCCUGUCAAAAUCAUGGAGGAGCACUCCCACUGGGUGUGGAGUGUGAGGUAUAACCACUCCCAUGACCAGCUGCUGCUUACAGCCAGCAGUGACAGCAGAGUGAUCCUGUCAAACAUGGUUUCCAUUUCCUCUGAGCCCUUUGGCCACCUCGUAGAUGACGAUGACCUCAGUGACAGCGAGGAGAAUCAUCAUGAGGAAAAGAGCAAAGAGCCACUCCAGGACAGCAUCAUCGCUACAUACGAGGAGCACGAGGACAGCGUGUAUGCAGCGGAGUGGUCAUCAGCCGACCCCUGGCUCUUCGCUUCACUCAGUUAUGACGGGAGGCUAGUGAUUAACAAAGUGCCCCGGGCUCUGAAAUACCGCAUUUUACUGUAGCAUGACUAAAGCGAGCGUGUGAGAAUGAAAACCAUGAUUUUUGGACCACUGAGAGCAAGAGAUGCUAGCAAAACGAAUACUAAACACAGAGCAAAGGAAGAAGAAGGAAAGUUGGAUCACAUCUGCAUUAUAAACACAUGACCGCUAUUAACACUACCAAUUAGAGGCAGCCCCGGAGAGUUAGAAUGAUGGCCGUAAGGCUGUUUGAAGGAGAGAAGGCUGGAGGGCAUGGACUGGCGUAUGGCUUUGAAAAAGCCCCUCGAGUUGAUCGUCAGCGUCUAUUCUGUUAGUUCUGUUAGAAGCUUCCUUCAUCUCGUCCAGCCUCGGGCACCACCGCUGAGUAGAAAGUGCAGCCAGGGAGAACAGUGUGCCAGGGGCAGGAUGGCACAGCGGGGCCUCUCUCCUCUAGCCUUCACUUCUUUUCUCCUUUACUCACCACAAGCAUACAACUCCAUGCUAACAGCUCCAGCUGGAGGGACAGAGAUGACAAAUGAAUCUCCACCUAAACUUUAAAAGCAUUGAACAUCUUGGUGCAUAUUACCUGUUCUGUAAUCAGUAACAUUUUGUUUUUUAACAGCUCAAUAAAUUGUGACCUUAAUAUUAUAAGGCUCGAUCUGGGUUCUGUCUUAAUAAGAGAGACGACUUUGUAACAUUAAGCUCAUAAAAUGGUUUCACAUUCAGAAAACUGGACUCCAAAAAAAUUUAAAUGAGCAAGUAAAAAUUUAAAGUUGGGUAGGUGAGGUGAGAUUGGAAGGAACUUUGUUUCUUUCUAAAAAAAAAAAAAAAAAAUACAUGCUUAAAUAAUUUAUUUUAAAAACAAGGUCAUUUCAGACUCGAAAUUAGUAAAAAAAAAAAGUUUAGAAAUAGGUUUAAUAAUUAUAUUUGUUUUAUUGUAGCCAUAUAAUAAAAAAUUCUAGAAGAAUCUAAAGACUAUACUGUAUUCACAAUGUUUUCACUUGCUAACGUCAUUUUUUGCAUUGUGGCUUCAUAAUAUCCUGUGAUGAAUGAUUUAAAUUCCUUCUACUUGUUUUGCAUUUGCACUGUUUCAGAUGUUCUGCAUGGUUUGACUGAUUAUUCUGAUUGUCCUUGUACAUUCCAAAUAAACUGGAUUUGAAAGGCCAAGAAUUUGUAUUUCA